GGCGCUGAAUCAAAGCGCGACCAUUCCCUGGAAUCCACCCGCGACUUUGGUGCGCGGAGAUUCCAUGGAUGGCGUGCAGAGAUGAGGCUGAGAUUGUACCGUAAUUACUCGAUCAAGUUAAUGCUUGCGUGGGAAACGUGCUGCCGCGACGAUCUACCCCCUUCUCCCUUCCAAAAGUUUCAUGCAUGCUAACCUUAGCCGACUCUUUCCUUUGCUCGCGCCAACAGCUAUGGGAUCGGGCAUUCUCUUCUCGUACCCUCAGCUGGCUACUAUCGCGGGACUUCAGGGUGUCAUCGUUUAUGCAUUAGCCUCCGCCCUGCCAUUGCUGGUCUUUGCCGCCCUGGUCCCCGUCAUUCGUAGCAAGUGUCCGGAAGGCUUCGUGCUCACGGAGUGGACCCGACAGCGCUACGGCGUUGCCACGGCGCUGUAUCUCGGAGCAUUGACUCUGCUCACACUGUUUCUCUACAUGGUCGCUGAGCUGUCCGCCAUCGGCCAAGUUGUCACAGCUCUGACUGGCCUUGACGGACUUCCAGUGAUUAUUGUUGAAUGCAUCAUCACUACCAUCUACACAUCUCUCGGCGGCUUCAAGAUCUCUUUCAUCACGGACAACGUGCAGGGAGCCAUGGUCUGUGGCCUCAUCAUCAUUGCCACAAUCACCAUUGGUGUCAAGGCGGAGAUUGACCCGGAAUUGAUUCGAUCUUCUGGCUACCUGGAACCAAGCCUUCUUGGCUGGCAGCUCAUCUACAUCCUCCCGGUCGCCAUCAUCACCAACGACUUCUUCCUCGCCAACUUCUGGUUGCGUGCAUUCGCCUCCAAGACCGACAAAGACCUGUGGAUCGGCAUGUCGAUGGCUACGGUGGCUAUCCUGGUUAUUCUCACUCUGGUUGGCGUAACCGGCCUUGUAGCCGCUUGGUCUGGCGCCUAUCCUGGUGACCCUCCUGUCGAUGAUGGCUCUGUUGCCUUCUUCCUGCUCCUCGAGUCUCUGCCUAGCUGGACCGUAGGCAUUGUGCUGGUGCUCGUCGUCACGCUUAGCACUGCUGCAUUUGACAGUCUGCAAUCGGCCAUGGUUUCGUCCGUGUCCAACGAUCUCUUCCGCAACAAGCUCAACAUCUGGUGGAUCCGUGGAGGUGUCGUGGUCAUCAUCGUUCCCGUGGUGAUUCUUGCGCUCAAGGCUCCCAGCAUCCUCCAGAUCUACCUCAUCACGGACUUGCUGUCGGCAGCCACCAUCCCUGUCCUCAUCCUCGGCCUGUCCGAGCGCUUCUACUUCUGGCGUGGCUUCGAGGUUGUCGUCGGCGGUCUUGGCGGCAUUUUCACCGUCUUCCUCUUCGGCACCGUCUACUAUGGAAACGCACAGGCUGGUGGCGAGCUCAUCCUGCUGCAGAAUGGCCUGUACGGCAAUGACUGGUCAGCCUUUGGAGCCUUUGUCGCUGCACCGGUCGGUGGCAUUCUGUGGGGCACUGGUGCUCUGCUUCUCCGGCUCGCUUGCCAGUGGAUUCUUGCAAAGAAGAGCGGCCGCCGCUUCGACAGCCUCGACCGCCCUCCCGUGUACGGCUCUGAAAGCCAGAGUGUUGCGAGCCAGGAACCCGUCGCUCGUGACGACGUCGCUCUAUCCAAAUCCACCGGCCAAUUCUUUUGAAGUUGAGAGCGGAGGAGAUAGAAACACGGUUUUCAGCACGGACAGCAAGAGUUCAACCCUUGAUCCGUUGAAACCCCGUGCGAUUGGCUCAGUAAAGGACUUUUCAUGCUCAAAAUUCCUUGCUGUACCGGUGGUUGGAUGAUGUUUUAAAAAGUGUAAUGGAGGUGGCACUUUUUAUUAUUAGUUAGGCCCGAUGAGGAUGUGCUUUUGUUAUGCUACAUCUCCA